UCCCACUCUCUCUCUCUCUCUUUACCGGCCGGCUAUCCCUUUUGUGUGCUGCAUGCAUCCUGCUGGUGUUAUUUUAUUGGCAAAUUAGUCGUUUACAGAGAUUCAAAUAUUAUUUCAUCGUCUAUUUUUUAUUUUACUUUUAUUUAAGUGUCAAAAUGGGAGCUGUUACAUAUUUAUACGUACAGUGGAUGUCAGAUAAAGCCAAAGAAAUUGUUAGCGUCCCUGCAGGCAAAACCUAUUCUUCCGGUAAUACUAUAUUUCUUCAAAGGAAUGAUUUCGAGAGCAAGAGCAUUUCACAUAUCCACUUUGUUGGAGAAAGUGAGGAGGACAUCCAACGACAAAUUAAAGAAUAUGAAAGCAAUAACAAACGCCUACGAUUGCCUUCACAAAAAUUAUUGCAAAGCCAGGAAGAAGAGAGUCGGCCUUCUCAACUGGCUCAAAAUUUAAAGUUACAGAAAUCGCAGAUUGCUCUCGCUAAGAAAAUUCAAAAUAAAAAAAUUUUGGAAAAAAGAGUACAAAAGAAGAAUAUUGAAAUGGAAGUACUGAAUCUAUCCGAUGAAGAAGGAAAUAAAAAUCUCGAUGAUAAUGAAGAGGUCUUUCAAGAGAAUAGUUUACGUGACGAGGGCAUUCAAGCAGAUCAACAAGAUGGCGGAGAUUUGCAACUAGAUGGUGUGGAUCACGAGGAUCUUCGAGAAAAUUGUGGUGAUAUUCAAGAAGGUGGUAUAAAUCAUGAGGACCCUCAAGGCGACAGAAACGAUCAUGUAAUUGAACAGGACUUUCAAGGCGAGAGUUUACAUGACGAAGGUAUUCAAAUAGAUAACUUUGGUGAAAGUGACAAAGACAUUCAUGUAGAUCAACACAAUGGUGUAGGUGAAGGGGGCUGUCAGGUGGAUGGUGUACGUCAUGAGGAUCUGCAAGAAAAUAGUGAUAUUCAGGUACAUCAAAGCGAUGGUGCACGUGAGAUGCACGUGGAUGAAAACCAACUAAAUGCACCAUCCACAUCGGGAGGAGGAAGAUCACUUCAUCGGCUACGAAGAUAUGACAUAUUAAACAAUAGGAUUUUUCUUGGAGGUGGCAAUAUCUUUAUGAAUUUAGACGAUUGGGAGACUUUAAAUUCACGACGAAAAAAUUCGUUGUGGAUUAUUGACUUUGCAGAAAUUCUGUGGCCAAAUGAUUUAAUAGAUAAAUGUUUAGAUAAUAAAAAGGCACGACCUCGUAUAGAUGGCCAGACCAGGACAGUUUUCACUCCUAAAAAACUGAAAGUAUUGGAAAAAGUUUAUCGAGACAGACUAAAGAAGCAGGGAAUUAAGGGAAAGAAAGCCCUAAGGGAAAAAAUAAAAGAAGUCCGACAGAAACUUACGCAAAAAGUUAAUGAUUUAAACAGACGAAAAGGAGGAGGAGGAGAAAAUUCCUCAUCAACCUCAUCAACUUCAUCCGAAGAAUCCGAUUAGUUUUUUUGAAUACAUUUAACUUUUAAAUACAUUUAACUUGGUGAACCCAAGUUUUAGUACCGUUUAUUUAUUACUGAAAAGUUAAUAAGUAUGUUUCAUGUGAUUAAAGGUAAAUCCUGAAUGUGAUAUGAUGUUCGUCUCAACGAAUUUGUGAUAUUGUCCGUUGAGACCAACUGGGUCUAUUAAAUAUUCUUUUGUGUUUAUAUAUUUUUAAUUUAAGAUGUGUUACUAUUCUCGAAAUGUUUAAUUGCUAAUAUUUUUAACAGUAACAUUAAGAUUAGAAACUAGUAUCACUAGUAUAAAAAUUAUAUUUUUGUUUGCUUCGAAGACGAUGAUAAUUUGUUUGGCGUUAUUUCAACGUUGACGUCCACAUUUUGAAUUAAUCGUACAUAUCAAUAGGUCUAUUAGAUAUUGUUUUCUUGUUCGCAACUGGAGAUGUUAUGUUACUUGUGUUUAAUUAAAGUUCCAUUGUUAAUAUAUUUAAGCGUAACAUUGGGAUUAUAAAUAUUUUUGUUUCGUUCUAAAAGAGUGAUACAUAAUUUGUUUCGUAAUAAACAUUGACUGUGUUAGUUUUACGUAAGACAGAAUUGUAUAAAUAACGAGAAAUCCGUUUCUUUAAGUAGAAAAAACUUUAAAUUUUAAAAGUAUUGGAGUUAAAGUGGAAACAAUGUCCGUACUUUUUAUUAAAAAAAUUGGUAUUGAAAAGACAUUUUUUUUCAAUUAAAAACCAAAAAUAUGAAAUUUUGUUACACGCGAACAUAAAUGUUAAUGACAUUGUUUUAAAUACUUGAGAUAUCUAUAAAAUAUGCGCGCAAACUGCAGUGUCCUAAAAAACAAAAAUUUUAUAAUUUCUUUUCUUCGUGAGUAAUCAGAAGGACAAAAUGCUAACUUGUUACCUAAAUCUGUAUUUCUGAAAAUAAAAUUUGUAAUAAAAUUGAUAAAUAAAAAACUGAAAA